CCAUCUUCAUCCUCAAACACAUCCUCUCCAUUUCUGCAACAAAACCCUAACCUCAUCUCUCUCUCUGUUUCUCUUUCUCUCCAUUACUCUCUAUAAUGGGUGGCGUUGAAGGAGAAAGAACAACAACAGGAUUUGCAGCAAGAGACCCAUCUGGGUUUCUCUCUCCUUACACUUACGAACUCAGAGAAACAGGACCAGAGGAUGUUUACAUCAGAGUUAUAUGCUGUGGGCUCUGUCAUACUGAUAUUCAUCAGAUCAAAAACGACCUCGGAAUGUCCAAUUACCCCAUGGUUCCAGGGCAUGAAGUUGUUGGUGAAGUGAUGGAAAUUGGGAAGAAUGUGAAGAGAUUUAAAGUGAAGGAUAUUGUGGGAGUUGGAUGCAUAGUUGGAUCUUGCAAAACUUGCAAGCGAUGUGAAACUGAUAGAGAACAAUACUGCAAUAACAAAAUUUGGACUAAUAACGAUGUGUACACCGACGGCAGACCCACCCAAGGCGGCUUCGCCACCGCCAUGGUCGUCGAUCAAAAGUUUGUGGUGAAAGUACCCGAUGGAAUGGCACCAGAGCAGGCGGCAGCACUACUAUGUGCCGGCGUGACGGUGUACAGUCCACUGAAACAUUUUGGGCUGAAGAAAAGUGGGCUAAAAGGAGGAAUCUUAGGCCUUGGAGGAGUUGGGCACAUGGGGGUGAAACUGGCAAAGGCAUUGGGCCAUCAUGUCACAGUCAUAAGCUCCUCCAACAAGAAGAGAGAAGAAGCUCUCGACCAUCUCGGCGCCGAUGACUACCUCAUUAGCUCCGACGAGGCUCGGAUGCAACAAGCCGUCGACUCCCUCGAUUACAUUAUCGACACUGUGCCAGCAUUUCACCCUCUCGAGCCUUAUCUUUCGCUCCUCAAGCUUGAUGGCAAGUUGAUCUUGUUAGGUGUUAUUAAUAACCCUCUCCAAUUCGUCUCUCCCAUGGUCAUCCUAGGGAGGAAGACGAUUACAGGGAGCUUCAUAGGGAGCAUGAAGGAGACACAGGAGAUUCUAGAUUUCUUCAAGGAGAAGGAAUUGAGUUCAAUGGUGGAAGUGGUGAAGAUGGAUUACAUAAACAAAGCCAUUGAAAGGUUGGAGAAGAAUGAUGUUAGAUAUAGGUUUGUGGUGGAUGUUGAAGGAAGCAAGUUUUAAAGAGAAUUAAUUAGGCUACCAUUUUGUCCUUGGGCUGCUGAUUAUAAUUAAUUAUCUCUACUUUUGGGGAAUAUAUUAUGAGAAAUUUGGACUUUAUUAAUUGAUGUAUGAAUUUAACGUGGGAAAGUUUGAAUAUAUAUAGUGUUAAAAAAAAUGUGUUCUUUUAAGUUUAAAGUUAUGAAAUACAUCUCUUUUUGGUUAGCCAA